AUGGAAGGCCUGGCUAGCUUCACCUCAUCGUGGCUGCAGACGCUAUGUACCUUCGCCGCUCUUUUCUGGCUCUUCGCACGAGCAUAUCAAGUCCUCGCCAAGCCCGUCGAUGAGCUGGUUAAUCUUCUGGGUCUCGAGGUCCCUGUAGCGCCCAUCGUUUCCCUCGCAGGUAUCAAGGCCGACGGCUGUAUCCUCCACUGGAAGGCGCCAGACCCGCGGGGCUCAGUCACCGGGUACAAAGUCCAGCUGAAUGGCAUCAUAGUGGGAGAGGUCACGAUCCAAGACACAUCCAUACAAGUCAGACAUCUCCAGCCGAAUCAUUACUACACCAUCCGCGUCAUUGCUGUCAGUCCAUCGAAUUUCCAUGCAGCGAGCGAACCGAUUCGGCUGCGAACGAGACCAGCCGCUUCCGAAGACUACUUCGAGCAUGCUUGUCACUCUGACGACAAGAACGGAGCUGCCUGCGACGGCCACCCUGGACCCGCACCAAGCAUACUGCCGUACAAAGCGUUUUCCGAAGCGUCUACCCCUACACCAAGUCCACCGUCAAUGGCCAGAGAACAUAGUAGUCAGCCGCAUGCGAGGCGUGGCACCGUUCAAAGAAGACACUCGCCAGCUUCGCUCGAUGCGGACGAAGAGAGUGACCCCCCUGACACUAGCCGGGACGAGGACUCGAUCGAGCAAUUGACGGCAAAGUUCGAGUCGCUUAUGCGGGAGAACGAGGAUAUUGAGAAGCAGAUAGCCGAGGAAGAGCAGGAGUUUCAGCGCGCCCGAGAUUCGCUGCUCAAACAACGAGACCACCUCAAGCAACAGCUCAAGGACCGCGAAGACGCGAGUCGCGAGCUCAAAAAGCAAGUGGCCUCACUGGAACGUGCCAAUGCCACUGCCCAAGCGCGGCGGGCCACACAGGAAAAGCUACUCCAGCAGAAGCAGAGCGAACGCCAGAAGAUCAGGGAUGAUAUGAAACGCUGGCAGCGGGAGAUUGGGGAGUUACACGCUGAUGUAGAACGCAUGGAGCGAGAGAAAUGUGCCUACCAAGAGACAUCUGCAAAACAAAUCGUUGAUAUGCGCAACCGCCAUGCAGAAGAGCAGCAGACGAACAGAGCUCUCGACCAAGCCAUACGCGAAAAGGGAGUCCAGAUCAAGGAGCUGGAGGAUAGGAGGAAGUCGGAAGCAGACGAACGCGAGACUGGCGGCCGAGGAUACGAAGAGAUCUCCGAAAACGAACAAGACAGACAAGCGGAGGAGCGGAAAGAUGCUCUUCUAACGCAGUAUAACAUCUACACGCGCCAACUUCAACAGGCGUCUUACGAAGUGCAUCAACUUCGCGAGCAAUUGAAAUUCAUCAACCAAAGCCGUGCCAGUCAGCCGCAGGUUUUCUCGCCACCGGGGCUAGACGGAGCAACCGCAAGGCCGAGCACUCGCCGAAGACGUACCGAUAGCAUACGGAAUGAAGCUGUGUCAAGCACUGGAUUCGCGAUCGGCAGUGGUCCCCCUUUCAAAGGCAGCAUGUCGAGCAUAUCACCAACUUUUGCGUCUCCUCCACCAUUCUUCAAUGUCAUCAAUGGCAUGACAAACUACAACGCAACCGUGCCAGCCGCACCAUCCCAAAGCGACAUUGAGUUGAUUGGUCCACUCGGCCCGAUGAGCCCUACUGCCGGCUCACUGCUGCCGUCCGGGCUCUUUGACAAAGAGGAUGAUUUCAAGGCCAAGGGAAAUCCGUUCGAAGAGAAUAUGGAAGCGAACUAUCAAGGGAAAGGUAAAGAGCGAAUGCAAGAGGAUCCUAGUUCUCACGCCGAAGAAGAGGCGGGCCGGCGGUCCACAUCGCCUGCCGAGCGGUCGACAAAGUCUAGUGUGCUUCCAGGGCACGACGGUAUGCCCAGAUUUCCCGGGCUGGGCGCUCUCGGAACGCUGGAACAAGCUGUCCAUAGUCCUACUUCGCCUUCGUCCUUCCACAGCCCUUCGCCAAGCGUCUUUGCCAGCCCUCGAGAAAGCGCAGCUCAUCUCUCGAACCUCUCGACAGCAGAGGGCGGGAUUGAAAGUGAUAGACAGUCUAUCAGGUCAACCUCUGGGUCCUACCGUACCCCCAGCGGUGGCGUUCUGCCGGGGAGUACCAGGUUUGCGCAACUCUUCAACCUUAAUCGUCAACGAGGCAAGACGAUCGAGGAUGGACCACCUCUUGGGUCAUUGAAGGGAUCACAGAGUCACUCAAUGCCUAGAGAAGACCGCCUCCAGGACGAUGCUGGGCAACGCCGAAGAGGCAGUCACUCUUACGGAACAUGGGGCAAUCUGCUGUCCAACCCUCUGGGCCGAAGUCCUGGUUCGUCAAGCAAGCUCGCUGGAGGCGGCGAAAGCGACUCCAGUCCAAAGAGCAUCGCUACCAGGAAGCGGGCGUUUAACCUGUUCGGCCCCAAAGCGGACGCGUUACCGAAAGGCGAUGGAUGGCCCGCGUUCCUGGGAAUGGACAGGCCUGCCUCACCUCGCCCAGGGUCUGUCCGUUCGUUUGAUCGAGAACUACCGCGACCGUCUUCCGAAAGCGUUCGAAAGCUGGGAUGGGCCGCGUCCAUGACCACCAGUCCGCUUAACGACGCUUGGUCCGGCAUGACCGCCACGUAUUCCUUCUCUCGCCAUCCAUCUCGGCGGCCGUCCGUACAGUAUAGCCAGCCGCCUGGUCUCGCUUACAACAUGCCGCUGCCGGAGAACGAUCCGCAUGAGCUGUCAGACUUGUUACAUGCUACAAGCUCGCCGCUACAAGAUCCCAUCGGCACCCACCGCCCGCUCCCUGGCUCCCAAACUCCCAGCUUGAACCCCGCUGCACCCAGCUUCCUCAGCCGCUUCAACCUAAACCGCGACAAGAGCGACAGAUCCGAAAGCAGCGACAAAGAAGCCAAGAAGGCCGAGAAAGCCGCCGAGAAAGCCGAGAAAGCCGAAAAGAAGAAGCGCGAAAAAGCCAACAAGUCCAGAGAGAAAGACCGGCAGCAGGCCUCAUCCGACGACGAGCCAUCCGCGCCGCAGACGCCGCGAGCAGAGACCCCAGCGACCGCUGACACCUCGCCCUCCGAGUCACGCAAGAGCAAGGACAACCGCUCCAUCUCGACCGCCAACGACUCGACCUACGGCGACCUGGACCGCACGCCCUCGGAAUCCCUCGGCUCAAACGUCUCCAUGUCCGCGGGCGUGGGGUCCGCGGGCAAGGAGUCCUUCAUGCAGAAGCUGAGCCGCAAGUCCUCCUCGACCAAGUUCCCCUUCAACAAGUCCGGGGGGUUGUUUUCCUCCUCCAAGCGGGGCAGCGAGGGCGGAUUCGCUCCUGACACGCCUGAUGAUGACAAUGAGGGUGUGAUAAGUAAGGCUGACUCGUCGCAGCAGGGAAGUCCGAUGCUAGGGAGCGAGAAGGGGGAGGGAGGAAGGGGGAAUAGGAGUAGUGGGCUUAGUUGGAGUAGCUUUAAGGGGAAGAUGGGGAAGAAGGGGGAUAAGGCGCCGAGUUUGAGCGAGAGCUUUGACAGUGUUGAUGAGGGGGUGGAGGAGGAUUGA